AUGUCCGACGAAAAGGAUCUUCGGGCUGACGUCGAUGUUAGUGCCAGUAUUGAGGCUCCGUCUACCUCGAUGCCUACAAAGGAAACAGCAGAGACGAAGCAUACUGAGAUGGUUACGGGUUCAGUACCCGUAACUGUGAACGGGGAUGCUUCUGACGACGAAGAGAGCUUCACUGAGGUCAAGAUCUCAGAUGUACACGAAGAGGAUGAAGAAAAGGAGCAGGAAAUCGAAGCUCCUCAACCUAAGCUUACACCAAUAGCUGACAUUCCCGUUGUUUUGGAACCCGCAGAGGAGGCAAAAGAAAAAAGAAAUGAACACCUAGAGAAGGACAGCCCUGUCGAGUCCACGCCAGUACCGGCGUCUCCUGUCGAGGAGUCUACAGAAAAGGUUGAAGAAGCAGAAUCGCCCCCGGAUGCACCGGAGAAGAACAGCCCCAUUGAAGCUAAACCAGCUGCACUACAAUCGUCGGAAGAAGCAUCCAUUUCAUCUUCGGAGAAGUCCCCGCCUCCCACAAUCUCCGUCCCGGAUAUGCGGGACCGAGAGCUACCACCUCUUCCGAACCCACCACUUACCCCGAAAGCUGGAAUUCCACUUCCAAUCUCUACAGACCGACCAGUUCAGUCUGAAGCACGGACUGCCCCUCCCACACCUAUGCGUGAAUCCUCAAAAAAUGCACCUACCACGAGCUCUGCGCGAGUCACCUCCGCGUCACUAACUACGAACAAUAGUGCAGGGCAGCCGUCAUUAUCAUCGAUGGUUUUUGUAGUCCAAGCACUCGAAUCGAUCGGCGCUUCAAAAGAAGGAAAGCGGAGAAAGUCUUUAGGAGAAAGUGUACAGCGGGCUCUUACAGCUAUCAGAGAUGCAGCUCCCCAACUGCCGCCGGAUCCAGCAGUCGUAUUUGAGCCAUUACAGAUAGCAUGUACUGUCCAAAAUACAGCUGUUGUUACCACUGCGCUGGAUUGUAUCGGGAAACUUAUCAGCUACUCAUAUUUUUCAAUACUACCGCCGGCACCCCCGGCGGAACCUGAAAGAGCAAAUGAGAAGAUGCCAGCACCCGAAACACCGCUCAUUGAGAAAGCAAUUGAAACUAUCUGUGAUUGUUUUCAGGGCGACACAACCCCAGAUAUGGUGCAGCUCCAGAUUAUCAAAGCCCUUCUAGCAGCAGUCCUGAACGACAAAGUAAUUGUGCACGGCGCAGGCCUAUUGAAGGCUGUCAGACAAACCUACAAUAUCUUCCUUCUUUCACGAAAUAGUCCGAACCAAAUGACAGCACAAGGAACAUUAACACAGAUGGUUCAUACAGUGUUCGAGCGUGUCAAGAUCCGGAUUGCAAUGAAGGAAGCAAAUCUAGCUACGUCUGCUAAUAGCGGCAACGAAUCCCCAGCUGUGCCCAAUAGACCCUCAAGCGUAGAUGGGGAUAGUGUUGUUGGGGGCUCGGAGGUGCCGUCUUCAGCUGGAGGAGAAAAAGUCCCAGAGAAGAUCACGCUGCAAAGUUUUGAGAACCGAAAAUCAUUCGACGAUGAACGAAUUGCUGACAAUGUGCCCACUACCGUCACCCGUUCAUCCUCGCACAGAAACGCUCAGCCUUCAGGUUCUACGAGCGCAGAAGAAGACGAGGACGAGGUUUUCACUAAAGAUGCGUUUUUAGUUUUCAGGGCCAUGUGUAAACUCUCCAUCAAAACCCUACCAGCAGAGCAAGUUGCGGACUUGAAAAGCCAUGGGAUGAGAAGCAAACUGCUCAGUCUGCAUUUGCUACAUACAAUACUUAAAAGCCAUAUGAUCGUAUUUGUGAGUCCGUUGAGCACAAUACGUUCAAGUAGCAGUGCAGAAGCGACAGGGUUUGUGCAUGCCAUUAAGCAGUAUCUCUGCCUAUCGCUCUCAAGGAAUGCAGCGAGUGCGGUCGGAUUAGUAUUCGAAGUUUGCUGUGAGAUAUUUUGGCUAUUAGUAGGAAGCAUGAGGGUUAUGCUGAAGAAAGAAAUCGAGGUAUUUUUGAAAGAAAUCUACCUCAAUAUCCUUGACAACCGUCAUAGUAGUGUUCAGCAAAAGCAAUACCUUCUCAGUGUCCUAGAAAGAAUCUGCUCAGAUCCAAGGGCGCUUGUAGAAAUCUAUCUCAACUAUGAUUGUGACCGAACAGCACUUGAUAACAUGUUCCAACGCCUUAUCGAACACCUUUCACGCAUCACCACAACACAAGUCUCUAUUACAGAACUUCAACAACAACAAUACGGGGAAGAGCGGAAGAAAAACGAAAACAACAAGCAUUACGGAUUCUCACUCCCACCAAGCUUAUCCACAGCUAACAUCGCAGCUACACCUGCAAGUACUUUGGAUCCAACAUUCCCUGUUGAGUAUACGUUGAAAAGACAAAGUUUGGAGUGUUUGAUAGCCGUGUUGCAGAGCUUAGUUACUUGGUCACAGAAAGGAUUUGUAGAUGUUUUACAGGAGAAUGCAGGAAGGGAGAGCCAGGACGGGAGGGACAGCUUGGAUAACACCUACAUUUCACCACGGCUGUCUACUGUCGGCACUCCAAUCAUAGGAACACCAUACCCAGAACUUGAGAGAUCUGUUUCGUCAGUGGAUGUGAACGAGAUGGUGGAUGACCCGAGUCAACUUGAGAAGGCUAAGCAAAGGAAGACUGCACUCGUCGAAGCAAUCAAAAAGUUCAACUUCAAGCCCAAACGAGGAAUUAAAGCAUUAGUUGAAGGUGGAUUCAUAGAGUCCGAAACACCAGCAAACAUCGCCGAGUUCUUACUGAAGAAUAAUAACAGCUUGGAUAAAAAGGUGAUAGGUGAGUAUCUCGGAGAGGGGGAUCCUGAAAAUAUUGCAGCAAUGCACGCAUUCGUCGAUCAAAUGGACUUUGUUCGUAUGCGUUUCGUCGAUGCCCUUCGUCGCUUCCUCCAGUCCUUCCGUCUACCUGGAGAAGCCCAAAAAAUCGAUCGUUUCAUGUUGAAAUUUGCGGAACGUUACAUCAGCGGGAAUCCAAAUGCUUUUGCGAAUGCAGAUACUGCGUAUGUGUUGGCGUAUUCGGUCAUUCUAUUGAACACAGAUCAGCAUAGUGCUAAGCUGAAGGGGCGAGCACGAAUGACACCAGAUGAGUUCGUGAAGAACAACCGUGGUAUCAAUGAUAAUGCCGAUUUACCACCGGAGUAUUUACUCGCAAUUUACGAGGAGAUCCGAAACAAUGAGAUUGUGCUCGAAGGCGAGAAGGAAAGGGAGGCCGCAAGGGGUGCAGCAAUCAUCGAGAGUGGUGGCGGGAUUGUCGAGGGUAUUGGAAGAGUUCUAGCAAACGCCGGAAGGGAUCUAGAAAGAGAGGCCUACGUUCAUGCGAGUGAGGAAAUGGCGAACAAGACAGAACAAUUGUUCAAGACACUACUCAAGGCGCAGAGAAGGAACGGAAGUAGGCCACAAUUGUCAAAAUAUAUCGCGGCGUCUUCCUCAAAGCACGUGGGACCAAUGUUCGAAGUGACUUGGAUGUCAAUAUUGUCAGGGCUUUCAGGAGCGGCACAAGAUAGCAACGAGACUGAGAUGAUAAAAUUGUGUAUGGAGGGAUUCAAGCUCGCUAUCCGAGUAGCUUGCUUUUUCGAUCUUGAGACACCAAGGAUUGCAUUUGUCACUGCGCUCGCGAAGUUUACACAUCUCAACAAUCUCAGCGAGAUGAAGAGCAAGAACGUGGAGGCUCUCAAGGUCCUACUUGACGUCGCACAGACAGAAGGGAACCUCCUCAAGACCUCAUGGAGAGAUGUGUUGACUUGCAUCUCCCAGCUCGAACGCUUCCAACUCAUCUCAUCUGGCGUUGACGAGGGCUCAGUUCCAGAUGUCACGAAGGGCCGUAUCAUCCACCCCGAUGCCAAUAGCGACGCAAGAUCUCGUUCCAGCAUGCAAUCUCAGCGCCCUAUGCGUUCACGGCCUAGAACACAGACCAAUACGCAUUAUGUUGCCGAGGUAGCAGAGGAGAGCAGGAGUCGUGAAGUUAUUAUAGCUGUUGACAAGAUUUUUGCCAACACCAGUAAAUUGACGGGAGAGGCUAUCGUAGAUUUUGUAAGGGCAUUGAGUGAGGUGUCUUGGCAAGAGAUCCAAAGUUCUGGCCAGAGCGAGCAUCCUAGAAUGUUCAGUUUGCAAAAGCUAGUAGAAAUCAGUUACUACAACAUGGGGAGAAUCAGAGUUGAGUGGAGUAACUUGUGGAAUAUUCUGGGAGAGCACUUCAAUCAGGUCGGAUGUCAUACAAAUACUUCUGUGGUGUUUUUUGCAUUGGAUUCGUUACGUCAACUAUCCAUGCGAUUCUUAGAGAUAGAGGAACUCCCACACUUUAAGUUCCAGAAGGACUUUUUGAAGCCGUUUCAACAUGUUAUGGCGAACAACGCAGUUGUGCCAGUGAAAGAUAUGGUGUUGAGGUGUCUCAGCCAGAUGUUGCAGGCAAGAGGUGACAAAAUCAAGAGUGGUUGGAGGACUAUGUUUGGAACUUUUACAUACGCGGCAAAAGAGAACUAUGACCAAAUUGUGAAUCUGGCCUUCGAUAGCGUCAGGAAGAUUUAUAGCACCAGAUUUGGUGUUGUUGUCUCCCAGGGUGGAUUUACAGACAUGAUCGUUUGUCUCACCGAAUUUGCGAAAAAUCAACGGUUCCAGAAAAUCUCACUGCAAGCAAUUGAAACCUUGAAGGGUACAGUUCCGGAUAUGCUUUCAUGUCCGGAAUGCCCACUUUCACAGACGAAGAAGCCUGCCGCGCUCGGCGACGAACUUAACCCAGCAAUGAUAAGAACUGUGAAGGAAGAUCCAAUGAUCAAGUUCUGGUUCCCGGUCUUGUUUUCUUUCCAUGACAUCCUCAUGACGGGUGAAGAUCUGGAGGCGAGGACAAGAGCCCUAGGUUAUCUUUUUGAUAUACUUGUGAAGUACGGUGGGGACUUUCCGACGGAUUUCUGGGAUACGAUAUGCCAUGAGCUCUUAUUCCCCAUCUUCAUGGUGCUGAAGAGUCGGAGCGAGAUGGCACAUUUUAGUACCCAGGAGGCAGUAGGUAUGUGGUUGAGCACAACUAUGAUUCAGGCGUUACGAAACUUGAUCGCACUGUUCACCCACUAUUUCGACUUGCUGGAGAGGAUGCUUGACGGGUUUUUGGACCUUUUGGUGACUUGCAUUUGUCAAGAGAACGACACAAUCGCAAGGAUAGGUAGCAGCUGUCUACAACAACUGAUCCUACAAAGUGUGAAGAAGCUAAGACCAGAACACUGGACAAAAAUUGUAUCGGCGUUCGUUCAACUCUUUGAAAUAACCACUGCAGAUCAGCUCUUCUCGGCGGCAACACAAGGGAGCGGUGCCAGGUCAGUGAGCGGGACUAGCACACACCAGAGCCCACCAAAUGAGCCAAAGGGAGCCUUCAAUGAUGCAGUUAUGGAAGAGGAUGCGGACGGAGAGAAUGCGCUGAAGAUUAACGGACUGUCGACACCUAUGCUGGGCGACGAUAGUUCUGAUACUUCACCCGAAGGUCGAAACGCCCAGAACAUCGAUCUUGAAGACUACCGCCCUCAGCAACUGACUCAGCAGCCUGUAGUUACAGCCGCAAGGAGGAGGUUUUUCAACAAAAUCAUCACGAAAUGUGUCUUGCAACUCCUUAUGAUUGAGACUGUCUCGGAACUAUUCUCGAACGAUGCUGUGUACAGUGAGAUCCCAAGUACGGAGUUAUUGAGGCUGAUGGGAGUGUUGAAGAAGAGCUUUACGUUCGCGAGAAGAUUCAAUAGCGAUAAGGAGUUGCGCAUGAAACUAUGGAGGGAAGGGUUUAUGAAGCAGCCACCGAAUCUGUUGAAGCAGGAGAGCGGGAGUGCCUCGACUUAUGUCAGUAUCUUGUUGAGGAUGUAUCAUGAUGAUCAACGAGAAAGGAGAGAGAGUCGGGGUGCCAUUGAGUCGGCGUUGAUCCCGCUUUGUGUGGACAUCCUUCGCAGUUAUACAAUUCUCGACGAAGAGACUCAGCAGCGAAAUGUUAUCGCUUGGAGACCAGUGGUAGUAGAUGUGAUGGAGGGGUACACAAACUUUCCAGAGAGGGACUUCGACAGGCACAUUGACACAUUCUACCCACUUGCCGUAGAAAUGUUGAACAGAGAGCCUGGACCAGAUGUGAGGAUUGCACUGCAGAACCUCCUGAGAAGAGUAGGAGAAGUAAAGAGGAUGGGGAUUAUGGGGCGUGGUAGAGUAAGAGAUAGGAGGAUGAGUGAUAUGAGUGGGGUGAACGUACGGAGGACACCUUAA